AAAAAACAUCCAGAUUUUUAUUGUUUCGCAACCCUCUGUACUUAAGCGCGAACGGUAUCGCGCAUACUCCCCGACACCCUAUUGAUUUUAGAGCGAUUCAGUAGGGUGGUUCAGUCGCAGAGGGACACGCGGGGAUCAAAAGCACCCUGACAACUCAUGCUGAGACAGCGUCGAACCUCCGGUCUAGUCAGCUGUGAUUUGGCGCGCGCCAAAUGACAUUUGUUCAACCGUCGGCAUUUGUUAUACGGUCAAGGCACACCUGAUUUUAUGAGAGUUUUCGUUUGAGUGAUAGUUGAGUACGUAGAGCUUCAGCCAUGCAAAGCUUCCCGAGAAGUGGUUCAAAGAAACGAACCUCCAACUUCCGCGAGGACGAAACCCGCCUGUUGAUCGAACUGUGGGGCAGCCCCCAGGUGCAAAACAAGUUGUACCUGACGCAUCGGAAAGCCCCGGUUAUGCGUCUCCUCGCUGCCAACAUGCAACAUCGUGGGUUUUACAGGACCCCGGACGAAAUCAAGACUCGGAUCCGUAACCUCAAGUGUCUGUACCAUAGAAUCAAGAGGUCCGUACAAGCAGGAGUAGGAAUAGGAACCGUCGACCCCGAUUGGCCACACUACAAAGCCAUGGACGAAAUACUGAGUAGGAAGCAUGCCUUGAGGCCGGAUAUCUACAAGGACAAUGUGUUCGAUGGUCCUAGAUGUGAGGACAUCAAGGUUGAGAUCAUGGAUGAUAUUGAGUGCAACGAAGAUUCGUUGCAAGGUGGGAGCAGUACCAUGAACAAUGACUCCGAAGCGGAUGGAGAAUUCGAAGAAGAGGCUGCUCACCCGAUGGCCCGGCUCACCUCCAAGCCACCCAAAUCAUCCCAACAACCAGCGGUCUCGAAACCAGCCACCUCGACUCAGUCAAAGUCCAAAACCAUGGACAGUCUGCCCAGGAUAAUGCCCAAACCUGUGUCCGAGCUGCAAGCACCCAGGAUCACCACCACCACUCCUGCUUCCACAAAUGUCAAUGCAAAAGUACAAAUUCCUAUUCAGGCUGGCAUAAGGCCACCUAAUGGUAAUGGACCAACCAUUCCAUUCCCGUUGCUGAUACUCAAUGGAUUACCUGGCCAGAAUCAACAACACCAACAAACUCAAAUGCCGAAAAAGGAUGUUACUCCUAAUAUGCCUACAGCGGAAAGUAAUCGAAACCCAGAGUCCUCACAUUUACUCCAAAGUCUCCUGAACGUACAGACAGAGCAACUUCAAAUCCAAAAUCAACGUCUGAAGCUCGAAAAGCAACAACUGAAACUGAACCAGCUUCUGACGACACAACUUCUCGUCUUGUUACCGACACUGAAAAACCUCAUGUACAGGCUAGUCGCCAGGGAAGAGCAACAUAGUGAAACUGACGAGAAGACUGGGAAGAAGCGGAAACUUGAAAAAGAAGAUGAAGACGAUUCUUUGGCGGACUGCAAAGUACUCAAAAAUAUGCUGGAAGAUGGGAUUAAAAAAUAUAUGUUAGAGAGUAUGGACGAGUCUGAUGAUGAUGACGAUAGCGGUAUACAUAAAGAUGUUGAUAAGUGAAGAAUGUAGGAUAGGUGAUACUUUUUUGUACAUUCCAAGUUGGACGGUUUUAGUUAUCAGAAUGAAAAUGUGAUUUACUUCAAACCAUAUGAUACUAAUUUUGAGGAACUUUAAUUUUGAGAUUUCAUCCCGAAUUUUAUAUUAAGUACAUACUUAGGGCUAAGUUUCACGUCGUGGCUUUCGCGGUUAGCGAUGAAUUUCGUUUCUCUUAUUAAUGUACAAACAAUCGCACUGAAUAACGGUGUUUCUCAGAUAUUGGACCAAGAAGUUCCAUGAAAAAUGCGGUUCACCUGUUUCUAAAAAAAUUAUGUUCUCCCAAACGUCUUCCACGAGACCUCUUUAGUUAUCGGAAAAAGCAAAUCCAAGAAACUUCGUAAAUUACCUUUUAUCUCCUAUUUUUGUGUGUCAAAUUGUAUCAAAAGUUAAACAUUCAAAAUUGCAGUUUAUCUCAAAGUAGCUUAUUGCGAUAUUGUCAUUGUGAUAACAAAAACGUUUGCAUUGCAUUUUAAUACUGUUUUACUUAUCCACUCAUAAUUGUGAUGUUUGUUUAUAAG